AGCAAACAAGAGUGGGGCAGGAGUGAAGGUUACCAAUAAAUCCGUGGUGAGCCUUCCUCGGUCUUCAGUUCAUUAUUUGCUAGUGACCGAUUUUGGGUAUUAUACUAUACAGAACCAGUGUCCAACAGUAUUCGGCAUGGAAAUUCAAAGAGUUUUAGUAGCUGAUGCCGUAGAUUCGGCCUGUGUUAAACUUCUGGAACAGCAUUCCAUUCAAGUGGACUGCAAGUAUAAGCUUCCAGCCGACAAGUUAAUUGCAGAAAUUAAGAACUACGAUGGCCUUAUAGUAAGGUCAGACACAAAAGUAACAGCUGAUGUAAUCGCCGCCGGCCAAAAGCUCAAAGUUAUAGGAAGAGCCGGCGCCGGAGUAGACAACAUCGACAUCCCUGCCGCCACCGCCAAAAACAUCCUCGUCAUCAACACUCCAGGAGGCAACGCCAUUAGCGCGUGUGAAUUAACGUGCGCCUUAAUUACGAACUUGGCACGAAAUGUGACACCGGCUGCGGCCUCCCUGAAAGCCGGAAGAUGGGACAGAAAAUUAUAUGCCGGCCACGAACUAAGCGGCAAAGUUUUGGCUAUAUUGGGUCUGGGGAGAAUCGGGCGCGAAGUUGCCCUGCGAAUGCAAGCGUGGGGAAUGAAGACAAUUGGAUAUGACCCAAUCGUCCCCGCGGAAGAAUCCAAAAAAUUCAAUGUAGAGUCGUUAACUCUGGAGGAAAUCUGGCCUCUGGCUGACUACAUCACCGUUCACACGCCUCUGAUUCCAGAAACACGAGAUUUAAUUUGUGAACGGGUUUUCAAAUCGUGCAAGAAGGGCAUCCGCAUCGUAAACGUUGCUAGAGGCGGUAUUAUAAACGAAGUUGACCUACUACAAGCCCUCAAGGAUGGUCAGUGUGGUGGAGCCGCUUUAGACGUUUUUGAACAAGAGCCACCAACUAACCCCGUCACUUUGGAACUUAUUCAACACCCCAAAGUUGUAGCAACCCCUCAUCUUGGUGCCAGCACAGCUGAAGCGCAAGUACGAGUCGCUGUGGAAGUCGCUGAGCAAUUUAUUGCUCUGACUGGCAAGAGUAAAGAAUUUACAACCACACCGGGAGUAGUUAAUCAUAGCGUUUUAAAAAAUAUUAAGUAAUUAUUGUUUUUGGACUUAAUAGAAUAAACACAUUUUUAUAUUUGUACAAA